AUGGACACAGAGAAAGACGAUAACGUCGGCUUGAGCAGCGAUGAGAGUCGGCUCAUCAGCCUCGGCCACAAACCGGAGCUCAAACGAAGAUACAACUUUUGGAGUCUGAUGGCAUAUCAGACGACGAUAUUAUGCUCUUGGUCGUGCAACGUGGUAUUAUAUUAUUACGUCUUUACGCUGGGCGGCCCGGUCUGCUUCGUCUGGGGAACCGUCGUCGUUACGAUCGGGCAGCUCUUGGUUAUGGCUUCACUGGCCGAGUACUGCUCCAUUUGGCCUACGGCAGGUGGACAGCAGUUCUAUACUCAGAUUGUCGCCCCUGAAAAGUCCCGCCGGUUCCUGUCGUAUCUUGUUGGGUGGUGCGUUCUGGUGGGCGAGAUCUCAACCUCGAGUUCUUGCGCCUUGAACAGUGCGGAAAUCGUGGCGGCACUCGUUGAAAUUAUUCAUCCCAAUGUAGAGUGGAAGCCAUACAUGACCUGGCUCAUCUACUCCGGAUUCCUAGUCGCGCCGGCUGUGUCGAAUUUGCUUCCGAAAUACCUCCCAGCUCUGCAACUAUUUGGUGCUUUCUUCAACAUUUCGAAUGCACUGAUCUGGGCUAUAGUCUUCUUGGUGCUCGCGGACAAGAACAGUUCCAAGUUUGUCUUCACUGAGUUUCUCAACACCUCAGGCUGGGGUCCCAAGGGCUGGGUGUUUAUUCUGAGCAUGUACGUGCCGAUCUAUGGUCUUUACGGCACGGACGGCGUGAUGCACUUAACCGAGGAGAUGAAGAACGCCUCGCGCGAUGCUCCGCGAGUCAUGGUCUGGUCCAUGGUAUGGGCAGGAGUCACUGCCUGGCUUUCAGCAAUUGUCAUGUGCUACACAGUCGGCCCCAAUUGGGAAAGUUAUCUGGAAGCCACCUCAUCUUACGUGGCAUGGUUCAUGGACGUCUUGGACUCUACGUAUGGGGGUGGCAUAUGGGUGGCAAUCAUGAUGAUGGGACUGAACUAUCUCAUCAUCGUCAACAUGAACACGGCGGGAUCGAGACUCGCUUGGUCCAUGGCGCGCGACAGAGCGUUCCCGUGGUCGGAUUAUUUUGCUCAGGUCAACAAGCGUUUCGAAAUGCCUUUACGAGCAUUGAUGGGCUUCAUCGUGCUCAACCUGCUCACAGGCCUCCUUGUCCUCGGGAGCCAGCUUGCAUUCUAUGCCAUCAUCUCUGGCGGCGGCGUGGCUCUCCAAGUGUCAUACUGCAUUCCCAUCCUCUGUGUCGUUCUCAGGGGCCGCCAUCACCUACCACCGCGACCGCAUUUCGAUCUUGGCAGAUGGGGUUACGCAGUCAACAUCUCAAGCCUUCUCUGGAGUAUCAUCGUGAUCCUGUUUUAUAUCUUCCCACAAUAUGUCCCGGUGGCGGGUGCGAUCGCCAACAUGAACUGGGCCAUUGUGAUUCUGGCUGGCGUCGUGGUCUUCGCUGGAGUAUACUGGUUCUGGAAGGGACGAUACGAGUACUUGAUCUUCAGCAACUCCAUCAUUGAUGACAAUGUGGUGAUCCAUGGUGAGGCUGUGGUCAGUGGCAGGGACGCGGCUGCUACAUUCAGCCAGCCCCAAGGAGAGAAGAGAUCAGAGCUUUGA